AUGGCUAAAUCUGGUAUUGCUGUUGGUUUGAACAAAGGUCACGUCGUCACCUCCAAGGCUGUUGCCCCAAAGAUUUCCUACAGAAAGGGUGCUCUCUCCAAGAGAACUUCUUUUGUCAGAGAUAUUGUCAGAGAAGUCGGUGGUUUGGCUCCAUACGAAAGAAGAUUGAUUGAAUUGUUGAGAAACUCUGGUGAAAAGAGAGCUAAGAAGUUGGCCAAGAAGAGAUUGGGUACUUUGAAGAGAGCUAAGGCCAAGUUGGAAGAAAUCAACAAGAUCAUGGCUGAACAAAGAAGACACCACUAA